AUGGGAACCACCUCGCGUAACCAGUGGGAAUGGAACAGUCGACGGAUACGUGGUCUUCGCAGAGCUUCAGAACUUGUUCUUUUAUCUCUUUAUCGUAUCACAUAUAUCCGAUCUCAUUUCUUUGUUUUUAUUCCAGCUUUUAAGACAGAAGCGACGAGCCAAAAUCUACAUCUGGAUCCGUUUGCAACAUACAGGGUAAUUGUCAUAGCAUACAACAUUGACUCGAGAAUACCUAGUCCCGGGGAUAUACUGAGCAGUUCACAGGUGACAAGCGAGGAGUUCACAACACUGAAAGCCGAACCGGGUCCUCCUAACAACGUAACGGUCAAGGAAGUGACAGACUCUUCAGCCAUCGUCUCCUGGACACAACCACUGUUCAACCGUGGACCGGUGGAAGGCUACACCGUGUAUGCUGUCCUUGAAAGCUGUUCUUCAAUCUCAUGUACAACGGAUAGUACAGAUGUGACUGCCCAUAUUUUGGAGCAUACUUUGGUCCUUCGGCCUUACCUUUCGUACAGAGCUGUUGUGGAAGCGUUUGCAUUAGAGCCACGGAUAUCUGCUCGUAUGAAGCUGAAUAGUUCCUUGGCAUACAGUGAGACAUUUACAUCAUUGCAAACAGUUCCUGUAAAACCAGCUACACCAACCAUCGUAUCUGGUGGCAUCAGAGAUUACAGUUUUGACAUCAACAUACCGGCUUAUCACAAUCCAAAUGGACCUAUCAGUUGCUUUGAAGUCAUCGUUGUUCAGCUUUAUGGUGAAACAACUAGUAUUGAUUCAAACGACAAUGCUUACAGCAAUAACAAUACGAGGGACUACAGCAUCGCAAGAACCCUAAUAGGAACCCCGUUCAGUGCCAUGGUUUUUUCGGCCAUUCCUGCUGGCAAUGUGAUCACAGUGGGCUCUCGAUUUGAAGUUCAGUCUGAAUGCAACACUUGGGGCGAAGUAAAUGAAAAUCAUCGCAGAAGACGAGCUACCAUGAGAGCAACGACCCUGCAUGCCACCAGCGGUCCUUUGAAUCCGGACAGCUUUUAUUCCUGCUUUAUCAGAGUGUACUCACCUUCUCAUCAUGACGGGGAUGUUUAUUUUGUGAAUGGACCAUUCAUAGAACCAAUUCGACUCAAAGUUCAAGUUCCUGGUAGUGGCACUCAUGUGACUUUGAUAAUAGGUUGUAUAGCUGUGACUCUUGUCGUCAUCGGAGUCAUCGUGAUAUUCAUUUAUCUUCGUAAACGAAACAGAUCUCGACAGCAAAGGAACAGAAGUUCUCCCAUUGCUCCGGCAAGCUUCACCACGACUCACCGCAAGUGCAAAGACAUCUUACCCACAAAUACACAAACAAGCACGGAAAACCAACACGUAUACCAUGAAUGUCAACCGGUAGAUGAGAAGUCAAAUCCUAUUUAUCAGAAUUUGAAUAAAGACCUUGUCGAAGAGGAAUAUGAAUUAGUGAUAUACAGAAGUGACACUGGGGUUAUUUAGAAUAAUUGAAUAGAGAGUGUAAUUGUUGCAAAUUUAGGAAAUAGUUUGCUUCAAUUUGCCAUCAAACUAUACUGCAAAAUUGUAGAUGUUAUCCCAAAAAGAAAAGAUGGAAUAUUGUGGUCUAGAUUUGAAAAUACAGUGGGAAUUGUAUAAAAUAAAAAUAUGAGAAUAUAGUGUAAAAUAUGCUUUUGAUUGUAACAUAAAAAAAGAAAUGGUAUCUAGAAUAUCUGGGGAAAAAAUAUAUAGAAAUAUGUCAAGAUGACGAAUACAAUGAAUAUUCAGAAAGUGUUGAUCAGAAAAUGAAAUUACUAAAUGAAAUUGAUAAAUGAUACAGAAAUAAAUGUAAAGGUGCAUUUCUUCGUGCUUUAUCCAAACGAUUAAAAGUAGUAAUUUAUGUUAUUGUUUCGUUUUAUCAAUCUGGAUUUAUGAAUGGUAAAUAGCAACACAAAAUGUACGAUUUGUCAAAGAUAUUAUUGACUUUUGUAGGUUCGAGCGUCUACCAGGUUUUCCUACGUUCGUUGAUUUUAAGCAAGCAUUUAAUAACGUGAAUUAUGCUUAUUUGUUUAAAACACUAGACAAAUUUGGAUUUAAAAAUACUUUUAUUUCAUGGAUUCGCACAAUUUAUAACAAAUGCGAGUGGACAAGUUGUUCAUUAUCGUUGGAUUUCCAAAUCAUUUUCUAUACAGAAGGGGCGAGGCAAGGGUGUCCUCUCUCUGCUUUGGUAUUUAUAAUAACGGUAGAAGUAUUUACUGCAAGGAUAAAACAAAACGAAAAUAUAUGUUGUAUACAGAUUUCCAAGUCAAGGGAUCGUGGACGGUAAAAUAGAAAUUAAAAUUAGUAUGCGGAUGAUACUGUACUAUUCGUUGAUUUCUUACGGUCAGCAGAUAUUGUUUUGCGGUAAAUUACUUGUUUUAGUCAUUUUCUGGUAUUUAUAUUAACUGUGUAAAAUCGGAAUUGAUAUAAUUAAGUGCAGGAUUUAACAAGAAUGGAAUGGAAUGGGAUCCAUUUUUCGGCUGAGCCAGUGAAAUGUCUGGGGAUACUAUGAAGAUAAAAAUAAAGAAAAAGUUUUGGUUUUAAAUUGGGAUAGGAAGAUUAAAAAAUUCAAGUUAUCUCAGAUAUGUGAGGAAUGCGUUAUUUAAAAUAUUAUUGCAAAAUUGUGAUAUUAAAGGUUUUAGUUGUGUCGCAAAUUUAUUAUGUGGCAAAUGUUAUUUCAAUACCACAUUCUAUUAAUACCUAAAUUAAUAAGAUGAUGUUUUCAUUUUUAUGGGGGUCUAUAAAGAAAGAGAAGAAAAAAAAGAAAUGUAUGUUUGAAUAUAAUUACUGAAGGGGAUUUAGAUAUGGUCGGUUAGCAGGCAAAAGUCGGGUCUCUGCAACUUUCUUUGAUAAGGAGAUUUUUUUGACGAUGAGAAAGCUACAUGGAAAAUUAUAUUUCCUGUUGGUUAAAUAGGGUAGGUGGAAUUAUAUUGGUGUUUCAGUUAGUAAUUGUAAUAUCUGAGACAUCGAGAAACUAUGUGGAAUGUCUAGGAAACCUCAUUUUUGAAAAUUGAAUACAACUGAUAACAUUGUUUAAGGUUGAUGUAAAUAAGUGUGUAAUUUUUUAAUGAAAUAUUACUUAUUAUAUUCCUUCUACUGUACUUACCCUCUAACAGGCAUAAAAUCCUGAGGAAAAUUUUCCCAACCGGUUUUUCCUUGAAAAUAAGACAUAAGACACGCUUUUAAAAAUCUUUUAACACUUAAAUGUCUGGAAUAUUAUAU